UCUCAACUUGUCGAAAGCUCUUCUCCUCCUUUUCCACUAUCGUUUAGUAUUUCGUCGUCGUCGACGUCAGCCGAGUGCUCAUGAUACAGGAUUAUUCAGCUCCAGCUCCAGCUAAACUUACAAUAUAAUCUCUCCCGUUCUCUCCUCUUCUUGUUUAUCGGAUUACCUCCCUCUCUCCCUCCCUGCCUUUGUUUAUCUCCCUUAAAGCUUGGUGAAUGCCAUUUGUUUAGAUGGAAGAUCAACGAAUGUGGGAAGACUUAAACACGGACUGCUUGGUGAAUAUUUUUGGAAGAGUUGGAAUGGAGUCACUGCUUUUGGAUAUCCCUUUUGUGUGCAAGUCAUGGUACAAAGCAAGCCUCAUUCCUUCUUGCUGGCAAUGUAUCAUUUUUCCUGACUUUUCAGCUGAUCAAACUUUUGACUUUAGUCGCCAAGGUGUUGAACCUAAUACCAUUUGUCAAAGAUUUCUUUCUGAAUUUCGAAUUGAUAAGAGUCAUUUCUCCUCGACUGCUUUUAUGAAGUGUGUCAUCAAUCAUAGCCGAGGAAAAGCUACUUCUAUCACACUACCUGCAUAUUGUACUCAAGAGGCAGUUGAGUUUGUUGCCCAUGAAUGUCCUGACCUUGUGUUUUUGGAUAUAUCUCGAUAUUUAUUGUUUACCCCAUCAAGAAAACUAAUAUCAGAUCUGAUUUGCAAGUGGGAAAAUUUGGUGGAGUUAUGGUUAAGUUGGAGCUAUAAUUUAGAGAAGAUCCUGUCGCAGAUCAGUGUUCAUUGCAAGAGUUUUUGUUCUCUGCGUGUGUCUUAUGCUUCCAUUCAUAAAGAUGAAGCGUUGACAAUCACUACAUUGGUGCCUAAUAUUAAGUACUUAAACUUGAGGUCUGCAGAUUUUGAUCGGGACAGCCUUGUCUCAAUACUGAGGAGCUGCAAAAGUCUUGUGCUUUUGGAUGUCAGAGAUUGUGUUGGGUUUAAUGAAGCUGAUGAGGAAAUCUUGAAGCUUUCUUCACAUAUUAGUAAAUUUAUAUGUGAGGGUUCGAAAGAAGAAUUGUUUAUUAUACCAUGAUGUUUACAAGGAACGAGGGCUGCCGUUAUCAAUUUGAUUAUGAACUUUGCUAAGAUAAUUGCAGGACUGCAAUUUGCACUGGACUUGUUUAGUGCUGCUGAACUUGUUUAGUCUUAUAUGUAAAUGUGGUGGUUGGGCACCUCAAGAUGAUCAUUACUGAUGCUCUUUAUGUAAAUUAUGAGCUUGUUGUUGGCUCCUUACCUGAUUUUCUUACUCCAUCUUAUUAACAGCAUUGCCUUCAAAA